UAUUCAUAUUUCUCCUCAUAUUAACUACCUUGAGUACAAUUGAACACCUAACCUAGGUACCUAUGUAUAGUAAAGUGUCUUGAUUCUUGAAAACAAUGCCUACCCAGGUACCUUUAUAAACUAGAUGUGAUGCAUGUCAGACCAGCAAGGGCAUUUGGUAAACUCAUACCCCAUUCAAAAUGUAUUUCACUGUCUAGCUAGAAGUAAGAUGUUUGUGUUUCGCUAGAACCUGUUCUGAUGCUGAUAUGGAAAUUUAAUGUAUAAUUUCAUUUCCGUCGAAUUGGUAAUGCGAGAAUCAAUUUGCACCCACCUGCUAUUCGGAGAGCGGGCCGUAUAUUCGGAAAACCUGGUUUGAAGUUCCGAAUUGUGGAGAAGAGAGGGUGGACGGAAGGAGAUGAUAAUACAACCAUGCGGCAACGGAGGGAGGGUGCCCGGGAUGCGAAUUUGAGCAUAGGUAUAUUAUAGUAUCCACGUAAAUACCUUCAACCCGCCCAGUUCUUGGAGUUCUUGGAGUUCUGUCUUUUCCGCCGCACAUUCACCUAUCACCUACGACAAUCCAUUCGUGACGAUGUUCCGCCAAUUCGGUCUCCUCGCCCUUGCUCUCCUACCCUUCUCCUUCGCCCAAGUCUCUGAUGACUUCGAAGGUGGAUUAGACGCAGCUGCAUGGCCUACGUACGCGAACGACUGUAACCAGGGCGGUAAAGUCACCCUUGAUAGCUCUACCGCUCACAGUGGGAAGAACUCCGUGAGGGUUGAUGGCGCAGGUGGUUACUGUGGACACAUCUUCUUUGGCACGACGAAAGUCCCCAGCGGAGAUGUUUAUGUGAGGACUUAUCUCAAAGCCUCCAAGGCCCUAACUGACUCUCACGUCUCUUUCAUCACCAUGCCCGACUCUUCCCAAGGCGACAAGAAGCACCUAAGAAUUGGUGGUCAGAGCAAGAUCCUGAUGUACAACCGCGAAUCUGAUGAUGCUACCCUUCCUGACCUCUCCCCGCAAGGCAUUGCCGCUUCCACCGCCCUUCCUACCGGUGACUGGCAAUGUUUCGAGUACCACGUAGGAACCGAUGGCACCAUUGAGACUUGGUUGAACGGCAAGGCUAUCGAUGGUCUUACUGUCAAAUCUGGUAGCACCAACGCCAACGCAGGCCAGUGGCAGAGAAGCACCACCAAGCCUAAAAUCACUGGUGUCUACUUUGGAUGGGAGUCCUACGGCGGUGAUACUAACACCUUCUGGUACGACGACGUUGCCGUCAGCUCGACGCGUGUUGGAUGUGAUGCGUGAUUCAGCUCCUCGUCAUCGAGUAAACAGUAGGCAAUUUGUCCUCGGCAAUGGGCAUUCCAUUACUUAAAUGAUAGAUAAGAUAAGAAUUGAAUGCCAUGGCCUAAAUACUACGUAUACGAAUAUAUUAGGUUACAGGGUGAACUUUGUGAGGUCUCGUACUCAACAUGCC